CUGCGGCCCGGGAGGGCGGGCCCUGGGCAAGGGAGACCCGGCAGGGUCCGCACUCUCCGCGCCGCCGCUUCCUUUCGUCCCCGCGGGCCCGGGGCCCCUCCAGAAAGAGGCGCCGGGAGGCGUCUAGAAAGGGCCCCGCUGAUGUCCACGGGAAUAGCGGCCCGGGGUCCCCAGGGAACAUGGGCAUGCUCAGGGCCGGACUGUGCCCAGGCCUUACCCAGGACAUGAUCCAGCUUCUGAGGAGCCGCGGGAUCAAGACAGUGGUGGACCUGGUUUCCGCAGACCUGGAGGAGGUAGCCCAGAAAUGUGGCUUGUCUUAUAAGGCCCUGGUUGCGCUGAGGCGGGUACUGCUCGCCCAAUUCUCAGCUUUUCCCUUCAAUGGCGCUGAUCUCUACGAGGAACUGAAGACCUCCACUGCCAUCCUGUCUACCGGCAUUGGAAGCCUGGACAAACUGCUUGAUGCUGGUCUCUAUACUGGAGAAGUGACUGAAAUCGUCGGAGGCCCGGGUAGCGGCAAAACCCAGGUAUGUCUUGGUGUGGCUGCAAAUGUAGCCUGUAGCCUACAGCAGAAGAUCCUGUAUAUUGAUUCCAAUGGAGGGCUGACAGCCUCCCGCAUCCUCCAGCUACUUCAGGCCAGAACCUCAGAUGAGGAGGAGCAGGCAGGAGCUCUCCAGAGGAUCCAGGUGGUGCAUGCCUUUGACAUCUUCCAGAUGCUGGAUGUACUGCAGGAUCUCCGAGGUGCUGCAGCCCAACAGGUGAGCGAUUCUUCAGGGACGGUGAAGGUGGUAUUUGUGGACUCAGUCACCGCCGUGGUUUCCCCACUUCUGGGAGGUCAGCAGAGGGAAGGCUUGGCCUUGAUGAUGCAGCUGGCCCAAGAGCUAAAGACCCUGGCCCGGGACCUUGGCGUGGCAGUGGUGGUGACCAACCACAUGAUCCGAGACAGGGACAGCGGGAAGCUCAAACCUGCCUUGGGCCGUUCCUGGAGCUUUGUGCCCAGCACCCGGAUUGUCGUGGCCUUCAGUGAAGGAGCAGGAGCGCCAUGCAGCCAGCGCACAGUGUGUCUGACCAAAUCUCCCCGUCUGCCAACAGGUUUCCAGGAGACGGUAGACAUUGGGACCUGGGGGACUCCAGAGCCGAACCCAGUGUUACAGGAAGAUCAGAUAGGACCGUGCUGUUGAUUGGGAAGGGGCAAGGCAUCAAGGCCCCUAAGUCUCCUGCUCAGGAAGGCCUGCUGUUCUCUGCCACCCAGCACUCGGGACCGCAGGAGAAGCUCUCAAGCUGGGUAAAAGAGACAUCUCAGUUUCUUUAGCUUCUGUCUCUGCGGAAACAUACAGAGCUACAGGCAAGAGAAGGUGCUAUGGUGGAAGGACCCAGAAACUCAUGCUGGUGCCAAGUUUUCUUGUUUCUACCGUGUAUGUUUCCAGUAGGAGCUGAGUUCACCCUGGCUUGGGGCAUUUCUGAAGAAGCACACUCACUCACUAUACUGGGUACCUCUGGAUAGAUAACCAUAGUGACCGGAUGGAUGGAUAACCCUGUGUGCCACCAUCAUACCUGCACUCUCUCCUGACACAGCGACUGAGCCAUGAAGCCUCUAGCUUGCCUUUGCUUCUCUUCUCUUCUUUUUUUCUUUUUUUUUUUUUGCCUCUUUUUCCAACUAUAAAAUGAAGCUCUCUUCCUCUUAGCUGUCUUUGAGUUACUGGGUUGAAGUAACCUCAUAAAUGCAAAACGCUUUUUCAUCUAUGUCCUGCUCUUAAAAAUAUAAAAAGGAAAUUCCCUGAGCUCUGGAGCCACCUCAUUUCCCCUCAGAAGGUUGUUUUUCAGUUUCCCCCAGUGAGGCCCCCCAAAACGGUUAUUCCUCUUUUGCUCUUGCUGAUUUGGUCUCACACACCUGCAUGCAUCACCAGGACUAGGUGAGACCAAGAGCUCGCCACAGUCCCAGGGAUAUAAUUCAACAGAAAGGGAGGAUGUGACCUGCUCCAGGUGAAUCCAGCCGUUUGUUUAAUGUGCAUGGUGCCCUGUGGGGCCCCUCCACAGUAUAGAGUAUCCAGAGGUGCUGAACCAUGGCCUUGCCCAUAAACAGACAGAGGAGAAUUUGCUCAGUAAAUAGAGCCAGCUGGGAAAAUUGAUGCUAGCAUAAAUAAUACAUGGCAAAUCUAGUCUUUAUGCAGAAAUUCAUUGCCGGUGGCUCCAAGAUGCAAUAUAAUUACCCUUUUCUUCCUGCCAGCUGUACUACAGCCCAGUGCCCUAGUGUAUGAAAUAACCCCCCUGUCUGUUACCAGCACUGUGGCCAUUCGUCUGAGAGCUGUAACCCUGGCUGGGAGAGGAGGAGGACACCAGGGAAAGGAAAAUAAAAGGCAAAGUAGAGAAAUGAUCAAGAUUGUUUACUGAACACAUUUUUUAAAGGAAGAUCGCCUUUCUCAGUUAGAGAACCUAUUGUGUAAUUAAUUACUUGUGUCUUGGCUGCAAGAAAAGGUGGAAUGAUAUGACAUUUAGAGAUGAUAAACACAGCAGGGUUAGAAGCAAGAAGCACAGAGGAUUGGGAAUGUGUGCCGGGCUGGCUCGAGGGCAUUUGCCUGAGGACGGUUGGUGAGCCUAACAGCAGGGACCCUGGCGCUGCUUCUCUCAGUGGACCCCAGGAGAAAUUAAUCUCCAGUAUCCUUAUACCAUGAGUGGUUGGCACUUUUCUGCAACCAUGGUAGGAAACAAUAUGUUAAGCUAGGAAAGGCCAAUGCCUGCCCACUCUUAACCAUUUGGGCAUCCUGAACCUGUGCAGACAUCACCAAUCAAUCAGCCGUUCUUUUUUGCAGAUCUCGGAGUCUUGCAGUUUUCCUCCACACAACGCUCCAGGUAACCACAACCAAUUGCAGUUGGAAUUGGCAUUCAGGGUGGAGCCUGGUUGUCAUCUCAGCCCUGGGCAGAUCUGCCAUGUUUCCAGGUGCUUAGUCCCUGAGGACCCUAGAAUAAUGCAGUUUGAGAGGCCUGUAAAGAGCAUCUAUCUGGCCCAUCCUGUCAUUGAACCGAGGAGAAAACAGGCCCAUGAAGGAGUAGUGACAGUCCCAGUGACAGAACGGUCUGGAACCAGGACUCCUGAUCCCUAGGCCAGGGCUCUUUCUGACCUCAUGGUGCCUUUAAUUCCAAUCCAGUUCCAUUCCUCUUGAGGCCCUUAUUCCAGUUCACGGUGCCACAGCCCUCACCCAGGUGGCCUCUCUGGCCAUGGGAAUGCUAUCCAUUCACUGCUAUGCCAGACCACCCUGUGACAUACCUGCAGGACCUGGCUUCCUCCUUGGGCCUUGAUCUUAGACCAGGACUUUAUCUCAUCUUGCGUGCUGUCACUGCAUACUGCUCUGGGCACACCACACUGACAAUGCCCCAGCAUGCCUCAGGCCAGGCUGGCUCUUCUACCCAAGUGCUUUUUGCUCCCUUUUGUGCUGCCUCUGCCCCCGCCCCCCCCGCACACCCACGCUGACAUCCUUCCUUCCUUAUGCCUCAACGGUUGUCCACAACGGUGGUCCAGAGAGAUGUUUCUCACAAUCCCCCUGUACCACGCAUACUUCCUGUGCACUUGUCUGCCCAUGAGCUCAAGAUCCACUUUAAGGGCUCCUAUGUUAAUUUUCUUUUGUUCUUUACACAUUACGGGAGCUUAGUAAUUGUUAAAUAUAUGAAUGGGUGGGCUUUAAUGUGUUUUAAAGAUGAUGAAGGAAUUCAAGAAUGUUUUUUUUUUUCCUGAUCUUGAUUGAGUUUCCAGAGUGUCUUUUUACGUAUCCUUCUACAGAGGACUAUUGUAUGUUGAUAUUAGACAAAAUUAAUGUUGAGUCCCUACUAUGUGCUAGUCCUUGAUGACUUUAAGUCAGGCACUUUGAACCCCCCAAGGCUCUCUGAGGCAAAAGGUCUGCGUAUCAUUGAGGCUGCCUUCUGCUACAAGUAACAAAACCUGGCUUAAAGAGGCUGAAACAAUAAGGACAUUUAUUAUUUCUAAGAACAUGAACUCCAAGGUUGCCUCAUUCAGUGGCUCAUUGUCAAGGGGCAUAGUAGGGCCUUUCUAUCUAUUUGCUCUGCUCUCCUUCUGUGUUGGUUUUGUCUUCAAGCUCGUUUUCAUCAAAGCCUGACUGCAGCCAUUCUGAGCAUCAAUCCAGAUAAGACAAUACCUAUAGGCAGGAAAGUGAACACCUCCUUGGGUCCUUUUGAGAACCAGGAAACAUCAGAACUUCCUUCCAAUGAAAGCAGACUUACCUCAUAUCUCAUUGGUGCAGACUUGCUUCAUGCACCCAUGUCUACAUCAUGGCAAGGGAAAUGGGACCACUGUCAUUGGCUUAGACGAACCAGGAAAUAACCCUGGAGCUGGGGCUGGGGACAGGCUUUCCUUAAGCACAUCCUGUGAUCAUUGGAAGAAAAUGGGGGUGCUAAUAGACAGGAGGGAGUGGGUGUGGAGGAAUUGGACAUUGGGUGGGCAACCACUAGUGUCUGCCACAGUCCGAAAGACAAGUUUAUUGAGGUUCUCAUGUGCUUAGGCUCUUUAUACACAUCUCAUUCAGACCUUAGGACAGCCUGUGGCAUGGGGAAUCAUUUCAUUUCAGACGGUAGCACCACAAUCCAAACUCAAAUCUGUCUGAUUCCAAACCCUACUUCUUUUUAUUCUCAUGCUGCUUUUGGCUAUGAAUAUAUAAAUGUUUCAAUAAAGUUCUUUUUCAUAUUCUG